UGUUUAUUUGUAUGGUGACCGGCGUAAACGCUUAUUCUGUCCGGCAUUAACCGGAAGUGGUAGUGUUAAAUUUCCCCUGCAAAAAUGGCUUGCUUGGUUUAACCUUUGCGGUUUCUUUUGGUGGUUACAGCAACAAAAAACACCUGGAAAUGUGGCUGCUGCUGCUGCUCGGCGCCUUGCUGGCUCUCUUCUGCACCCUGGAUGUGUUUUACUUCCUGCGUGCGGCCACGGUGGUUCUACGGGCCUGGUUCCAGCCUCCCGUACGGGAUGUGACAGCAGAGCAGGUUCUCACGGGCCGGGUUGCCCCCCGCGACAUCGACAUGUGUCACAUGAACAAUGCUCGCUACCUACGCGAGUGUGACUUUGCCCGCUUCUCUCUGUAUAUACGUAAUGGUAUCUUCAUGGCAUUACGGGCCCUGGAGGCUUCCAUGGUGGUCGGGGCCACCACCAUUCGUUAUCGCAGGGCUCUGUGCAUCGGUGAGGUCUACGAACUGAGGAGUCGGGUGGUCACUUGGGAUGAUAAAGCCUUUUUUCUGGAGCAGAGGUUUGUGUCCUGCAAAGACGGUCUGGUGUGUGCCGUCAUGUACUGCAAACAGAGUGUCAUACGCAGCAGCCCUGGCAAGAUCAUGCAGUAUCUCUGUAAACGCAAGGUGGAAUGUCCUGAGUUCCCAGAGGACCUUCAGCAUUGGGUCAACUUCAUCUCAGCCAGCAGUCAGACACUCCGAGCGGAGAGCGACCUUCAGGAGAAAGACAAAUAAGCAUGGACAUUACAACCAAGUGCAUCUUUGAAAUAGAGAUAAUAACUUACAAGCCAUUACAUUCAAGUUGUACUUUUGUUCUGCACUUCAGUGCUGGGAUUGACAAUUUUCUUCGGAGAUAACAAAGGUUGAUGCAAGUGCCGAAAUAAGUUCAUCACCAGAUGAGGUAAAGCCAUAGUUAAAAACAAAAAAUGUCAUUCUCAAGGUACCGGGUAUGGCCAUGCUGCCACUUUAUUAUUUGUUGCUCACUAACUGUAUUUCCCUACAUCGAAAACUCAUCAGUUUCAGAUUGAUUUGCAAUUCCACUGCUUGCAAUGAAUAUGAAUAUUUUUGCAAAAUUUUUACUCUGUGCCAAUACUGACUACUUUGCUGCUGUUAAACCUUAAUGCGCUCAUUGCUGUAUACACUUUUUAGCCAACUGGUUUUAAACUUUUGAGAAUGUAAUAAGCCAAACCAAUGGAGAAAAGCUUUGUCAUGUGAUCUAGGUGCAUAACUACUUUAUAUUAGCAGUAUUAGUAUAUUAGUAUCAUGCACACAUUUUGUCAACUUUUAAUGGAAUUUUAUAUGAUUUUUUAAUAUCACACAUCAGGAUUUUCUUCAACAUCUUUUCUUUCUAAGCAAACUGAAAUGUGCCAAAAUCCUUCAAAACCAAGCACGUGCACAGACAUUUUGGGGGGCAGGUGCUCACGCCAGAAAAGAAAUGCUAAUUUAUUUAGUAACCGUAAUAAUUUUAUGAUAAACAUAUAGUUAUUAAUAAAAUAUAUGUACAAAUCAAUGUGUUAGUUAACUAUAAUACAUUAUUCUGCUAAUUUGAAACACUUUUCUACUUUUUGUGACAGUUGAAGGAGUAUCACAGUAUACUGUAGUAGUGUAAUGCACGCCUCUUUGUUUUGCAAUUUAGGUUUUAGAGGAUUUUAUUUCUAACAUAAAGAAAAUCACAUUAUCUUCAAUAGCUUCAAGGUCAUGUGAUCCGGGAACUGCAAACCACUUUAUAUUAAUAGUCCAAGAUUGGUAGUAUCAUGCACACUUCUUUGUGUCAUAAUUUAGUUUUUAUCGGAUUGUGUGAGAAUGUUUAAUAAGAACAAUUAGGAAAUACCUUUCAAGUCAUGUGCCUUAGGGACUCCAAACCACUUUAUUAGUAGUCCCAGCCUACUAGUAUUAUGCACACCUUUUAUAUGAAUUUUAAGGACUUUUAAAAUUGCUGUUAAAACUGCUUCAAUUGAUGGAUGAAUUAUUUAUAAUGAAAUUGAACCCAUCAAAUUUGUAUACAAAGAAAUAAAAAUGAUGAUAAACUAAAAGAAAAAAGCAGCAUCCCGGUCGCAGUUAUUGCUAGCAAUGAUUGGCAUUCAAAACCACAGUGUGUCAGCUUUUGUUGACAUUUCUCAUGUCCCUCACUUUCCCACCGCGUGUCGUCUCAAACUCUCUCCUGUCCCUCCCUGCUGUUUGUGUGCUUGUUUGUGCAACCCAUCCCUCCCCCAAUCUGCUGUGUUAAUACACACAUGACACAUUUUGACAAAUCGUGCAGUUUCAACAGAAAACAGCAACUCAUUUACUUCAACAGACAGCUCUUGUCAUUCAAGUCAAAGAACCAGUUUGGUCGCAAGCAACACAUUACUCGGAGGCAGAGAAGGAGCGGCUCUACCAGCCCUAAACUUUGACCUUUUUAAGGGCAGGACAUGAGAUCAGGAGGAUGAAGUGUAGUGGUGGGACAUGUGAUGCUAGUGGGCAAAGUAAAGAG